ACACAAACGCCAUCUUGACAGCAGCCUCAAAAUGGCAGAAAGAUGAGAGGCAGAAAAAGAGCCCUUAGUAAGAACCCGUCUCUCGGCGUUUCAUCUCCAAACUCGUCUGUUUUUCUGUGAUCGGGUGGUUAUGGGGUUGAUGUACAGCUCUGGAGAACUCGGUGUGUAAAAUGGAUAUAACCACGGCGGUUUACAACGCUGCCAGAGAUGGUAAGCUAAAACUUAUCCAGAAGUUGCUGAGCAACAAAAGUCCAGAGGAACUGGAAGCUUUAGCCGAAGAGAAGACCCAGGGUGGGACGCCGCUGCUUAUAGCCUCUCGGUACGGACACUUGGAGGUUGUAGACUACCUCAUAGAGCACUGUAAAGCAAAUGUGGAACUCGGGGGCUCUGUUAAUUUUGACGGUGAGACUAUUGAAGGGGCUCCCCCGCUCUGGGCGGCUUCUGCAGCGGGUCACCUUCCUGUGGUCAAAACGCUGUUAAAGCACGGCGCUUCUGUCAAUAAUGCCACUCUAACUAACUCCACGCCACUUCGAGCCGCCUGCUUCGAUGGACAUCUGGAAAUUGUCCGCUACCUGGUAGAGCACAGAGCCGACAUGGAGGUAGCCAACCGCCAUGGCCACACCUGCCUUAUGAUCUCCUGCUACAAGGGCCAUAAGGAGAUCGCCAAAUUCCUCUUGGACAAAGGCGCUGACGUGAACCGCAAGAGCGUAAAAGGAAACACGGCGCUUCAUGACUGUGCAGAGUCCGGUAGUCUAGAUAUUAUGAAAAUGCUGCUCAAGUGUAAUGCCCGCAUGGAGAGGGAUGGCUACGGCAUGACCCCGCUCCUGGCUGCCAGUGUCACGGGUCACACCAACAUAGUAGAGUAUUUGGCCCAUCAGCCUCGCACCUCCAGAGAAGAGCGCAUAGAUGCUCUUGAACUACUUGGUGCUACUUUCGUGGACAAGAAACGUGAUCUUCUGGGUGCCAUGAAAUACUGGAGGAGGGCCAUGGAGCUGAGGCAGCCAGGUGAUAAAGCCUCUUCUCUGGCCAAACCCCCUCCUGGACCCCCUAUCCCUGCCUAUGGCUGCGCUCAGGAGGUAAACACUGCCGAGGAGCUGGAGGCUCUGAUCACAGAUCCAGAUGAAAUGAGGAUGCAAGCUUUAUUAGUCCGAGAGCGCAUCCUUGGCCCCUCCCACCCAGACACUUCCUAUUACAUUCGUUACAGGGGGGCAGUGUAUGCGGACUCAGGUAAUUUUGAACGCUGCAUCAGUUUGUGGAAGUAUGCUCUGGACAUGCAGCAGAGCAAUUUGGACCCCCUCAGCCCCAUGACUGCCUCCAGCUUCCUGUCUUUUGCAGAACUCUUUUCCUUUGUGCUUCAGGACCGCGCUAAAGGCACUUUGUCCACACGCGUCACCUUUCAUGACCUGAUGACAGUUCUUGGGAAAAGUGUCAGAGAGGUAGAAAGAGCUAUUGCACAGAGAGAUAACCCCCCAGAGGCCCCUCAGUUCACCAAGGCCCUGUCCAUCAUCCUGCACCUUAUCUUUUUGCUGGAGAAACUCGAGUGCACACCAGAGCAGGAGCACCAGAAGAAGCACACAGUGUAUCGCCUGCUUAAACUCAACCCCAGAGGACGGAGUGGUUUCACGCCCCUGCACAUGGCGGUAGACAAGGACACCACAUCAGUGGGCCGAUACCCUGUGGGCCGCUUCCCCUCUCAGGCUGUGGCCUCUCUGCUGCUGGAGUGUGGAGCAGAUGUGGAUUCACGAGACUGUGACAACAACACACCUCUGCACAUUGCGGCUGCAAAUGGCUGUCCGGAGAUCAUGGCUCAGCUCAUGAAAGCUGGGGCCCACUUUGAUGCCACAAAUGCCCAGAGGAAGACAGCCUAUGAACUGUUAGAUGAGCAGAGCAGUGGACAUCCAGCACUUUACCCUCUGAACUAUGUGACCCUACAGUGCCUGGCGGCGCGGGCCGUGGAGAGGCACAGACUGCCAUACAGAGGACUCAUCUCCGAGGAAAUGGAGGCCUUCAUCGAGCUCCACUGACUCUGCUCUGCUUCAAUAUGCACUUGUGCACAGAAUCAUACCAGAGCAUAGCAAUAAAGCUCCUCUUCUGAGCUAACCUGUGUGACUAACACCACUGCUUUUGCUUUAUAAAGUCAUUGACUGUAGAUCUCUAAAUGAAAACAUCUUUUGAUUGGUUUACAGUUGGUUUGGAGAAGACGGCUAGCUUGAUUAGGACUUGCCUGGUAAUGAGCAUGAAUUUAAAAUCUUUAAGACCUAAAUAUGCUGAAAGCUUUUUUUUCAUAGUGUUGUUUGCUAUGAAAAUGAUUUGAAUGAGCUCCCGUGCCAAAAGUAGGCUUGAUCCUAACAGACAUGUUACAUUUAAAUGGGAAUUUAAAGGUAUUUGGAACUGCAGAUGCUGCCCAUUGUGUGAUAAGAUUAGACUGUCUUUGAUUAGAGGCAGUGGUAUCUGUUUACUACAAAGCACCCUUGUUAGCUAAAGCCCCGGUGUGUACAGACAUCUAUGCAGGUUGAUAAUCCACUCAGAGGUAACACUGAAAACCCACUCAACAAACAGCUUGCAACAGGAUUAUUGUUUGGGUCAGAUGCUUUUCCCCACAGGGCCAUGCUUUAAAAUGGAAUGAUCAUUUUGCUAUAAAUUGGUUUAUAUAAGGUUUAUAUCUUUACAAGGUUCAUUGUUGAUAUCUAUUUUUCUCUUGAGUUGGCUAUUUUGAAUGUGGUCUAAGUGUGCCUACAUCUGUACUGUUGUUGACAUCUCUGAAGCCAGAUGUUCUCAUAUAAAUGUACUUUUGGUCUUGUCUGCUCUACACAACAGUGAGAUUAAAGGACAUGGAUUAGUCACAUUUCUGAAAUGUGUUAAAUUUCCCCAUAAUUCCUAGAUACUGUCCACACGAAUGUAUUGGGUGGGUUAAUCUGCCAUAGUUUCAUUUUAGUCUUAUUUUUAUUAGCAUCUCUUUUGUUGGUCUUGUGUCAUCAUGGAGGAAUUGCUGAGUGCAAAAUUGCAAAGCACAGUUUUCAAAAUGACUGUACAUUAGGGUAACAAACUGAUGAUGCCUUUCUUUCUCAACUGAUUUAUUUAACAGACCCAAGAACUAAAGUGUAUCUGAGAUACUUGAAUAAAAUUCAGUAUCCCAAUAUUCUGAGUCUGAGUGACUUGUUUUCACUUGUUAAGAUCUUGAAGUCUUCCAUGUGUCCUAAAAAGUCAGUAUUGAGCUAUUAAAACUGAAUUGUCUGA